GGCGGCGGCCGAGGCGCGCGACCGCCGGCGCCGCUCCAGCGACCGCAGCUCGGCCAGCGACCCGGGCGUCAACCGGCGCCCGCUCUGCCGCCGCCUGCUGACCAGGAACAUCGAGACCAUCGCCGAGAUACACGAGUCUGGCGGCGAGCGGGCGGUGACGCGCACCACCCGGGAGCAGGCCGGGGAGGAGCUCUGCAAGGAGACGGUGCAGCGCGAGGUGCGCAGGAAGGUGCGCAGCGCGCCCCAGCCCAGCCGCCGCAUGUCGUACAGCAAGGCUUCGUCUCGCCGCUCGGUGUGCAGUGACGGCGUGCUGCAGUGGCUCGAGUCCCAGGUAGACGACACCCAAGUCCAGGUGCAGGGGCAAGAGGCGGACGUGUUCGAGUUUCUGCGCCGCGAGUUCCCGUACGUGCACGUUUCGGAGGAGACCAAGCGGAAGCUGCUGACGGAGUACCGCCGCCAGAUGAAGUACAUCAUGAGCAUGGUGGAGCCCAUGGAGACGAGGAAGUACAAGAUCCGGCGGCAGGACGUGCUGCGGCGGCAGGCGCUGCUGACUGACAUCAUGCACCAGCAUAAGACGCACGAGAGGCGCUUCCGGAAGAUCUGCGACGACAGGCGGCGCGAGAUCCGCGAGCGGAAUAAACCGCGUGACGAUAAGAUCUCGUGCCUGCGCGCCCAGAAGUACGUCGACUCGUUCAAGCAGCAGUUCCAGUCUCGGAUGGCGCUCAACAAGAGCAGGGAGGAGCUGCUGCUGAAGGCCGUGUUCGAGGAGAUGCUGGAGAUCCAGCGGCGCCGGCUGCGCACGGUCCGCAGCCUCGAAAAGCGCGCCAUCAAGGAGUUCUACGGCGAGGACGGCUACACGAGCCAGCUGAACCGCGUGCACCAGUUCUACGAGGCCAACUUCCGGGACCUGUCGCAGCUGCUGGCGCGCGAGAAGACCGAACUGCAGAUCUCGGAGAAGGAGCAGACCAAGCUGGCGGACAGGAUCCGCCGCGAGUUCCGCGACUACAUGGAGUCGGACGUGCGCAGCCUCAACGACAAGAUCGUCAACAGUUGGCAGCCGCAGUACAGGGAGCUGGACGCUGACCGCAUACGGAGUGACCUGUACCAGGCCAACUGGAGGUUCUGCGUCACGUAGCGGCGCCGGCGGCCGUCCAUCUGUCCGUCCGUCCCGUCCCGUCCCGUCUCGGUCUGCGCUGCUCCGCUUCGUGCCCGCGUCUGUGCGAGCUGCCGCCGGCCACCGCCGCGUCUCUCCGCCCGUCUGUGGCGCCGGGGGCGGCGUCGCGUCGCCAAAUCAGUGCGAGCGCGCGUCGGCUCCGCGUUCGCCCCGAGGUCAGGUCCCUGUCGCGGCGUCCGUGUGGGGUUUGCCGCCGUGUGCCGUGCGUGGUGGUCCGUGUGUGGUCCGCCGUGAUGCCCCACGCCCCGGCGGCGGGCCGUGGCGUGGUCCGCCGGCUCUGGGUGGUCUGGUCUGUGGCGGCCGGCGGUCCGCGCCGGUCUCCGCGGCUGGUCUGCUGGUCUGCGUGGCUGGUCUGCUGGUCGGGCUGGUCUGCGUGGCAUCCGGGGCGGACCGCCCGCGGCGCCCCCGCGGCAGUCCCGCCCUGGUGCUCGCCCAUCUCUGCCACCUGAGCCGCUGAUGGUUCGUCAGCACCAGCGUGGACGGGUCUGUUUUCCAGCGGAAGGGAUGGGGUCCUCCGCUCCUGGUCUCGACGUAAAGGUCCCGUGCAAAAUCUCUGGCCGAGUGUUGUUGUCUGAAUUGCGGCGACUGCUGCAUCCGUGGUGCUAAAUAUUA